AUAGGGUGGGUCAUUAAGAGAGACAGAAACAUUUGAAGGACAGCAGUAAUCUCUGAAGGCUGCACCACAACCCAGUUUUAUUGCUGCCCUGCCUGUGUCCUGAAACCUUGUUGUCAGGGAUACCUCUCCAUGGAGACACAGUCCCAAAUGCAAGGGAGGGCUUUAACAGAGAGGAGACCCUCACCCUGAUGGAGCAGCAAGUCAAGCGAGAGGAUGAAGAGGGAAAAGCUGUAGUGGUAGAGCGUUAAGAGAGAAGGUCACCUGCGGAGGAACCAGUGGAGUGGAAAUCAACAGAAGGAAAGAAGACAGAAGAGUUGGAUGAAGUGAAAGUUAACUUGCCAGGAUGGGCUAUGAUCUUGAGAGGUUUGUGGGCUAUGUGAACGAGGACCUGCUGUGCUGUGUGUGUCGAGACGUGUUGGAACGCCCUCUUCAGGCUCCCUGUGAACAUGCCUACUGCAGCGCAUGCAUCAGUAGCUGGCUGGUCCAUCACCACUCCUGUCCAGAGGACAGACUGCCGCUGGAUGUGGGCAGUCUCAAACCACUGUACAGGUACAUGCGUAAUGACCUGAACCGUCUGCAGAUCCGUUGUGUGAAUGCAGGACAGGGAUGUGAGGUGGUCUGCACCCUGGAGAGCUUGCACACACAUGAGGAUGAGUGUGAGUUUGCCUUCAUAUCCUGCUCCAACACAGGUUGUCCUGUGCAGGUAGAGAGGCGGGGUUUGGAGGCUCACCUGUCAGAAUGUAACUUCCGCAGCAGGGAGUGUCCCAACGGCUGUGGCCAUACACUUCUCUCCACUGAUCAAUCACAACAUAACUGUGUAGCAGAGCUGCGCACCGAAGUGGAGAUGCUCAGGGCCGAGAUGCUGUGUAAGGUGGAGGAGGUGAGGCGAGAGAUGGAGUCUCGGUUGGACUCACAGAGGAGACAUAUGGUGCAGAAAGAAUCGCAGCUGAAGAAUGAGGUGGAGGAGCUCAAGGGUCAGUUGUCCCGUGUGAUGUGUGACAUGCGAGCCCUGUUAGGAGCAGAGCGUCUGAGGAGACAGGAACUGGCAGAAGCAGAGCUGGAGAAGAGGGAACUGUUGGAGCUCCUCAAAGACCUGCAGCCCACCAGGAGUCAGCAUCCUGUCGAACAGGCGGCAAAAGACCAGCAUCAGGGAGCGCAGCAGACACCCGGGUGGGAGCUCCACACAAAACCGACAAGACACCAGCAGAGGGAGGCAUCCUUACACGCCUCUAGUCUAUCUCUGCAUUCAGCUCAGGCUAUAACUGUAUCAGGUCCACCGCCAUCACCGCAGCUGGGUGAGGGAGCACGCAAGGGUGGUACCCGGAGUCUGACUCUGGACUGCAUCAAGAGGAAGAGCCGGGAGGUGACGGUCAUCUGAGUGGACAGGACUGAUGGGAUUUUAGCCAGAUGAGGAAAGAUUAAAUCUUUAUUUUUUUAAUGCCCGGCAAUAAUUUCCAACAAGGGUUUAGUCAUUAAAACAACAAGUACAGUGCAUGUGCAGUAAGUCAUGUAGUUUCUGGUAGAUUUUUUUUUUUUAAUCAAAUAUGAGUGUGGAUUUGUUAAAGUAGAAAGAAAUUGAUAUGCUGUGGACUGAAAAAGUGAAAGUGAUCAGACAAUCCUUUACUUUGUAGACUCAUACUCAGCUCACCCCUUAUCCUUUUUGCAAACAGAUCAUGGUGUAAUGUCCCUUGAAUUUUGUAUUCAUCAGUUUUCAGUUAAAAACAGUUACUUAAAGUAAUUUUCUUGA